GUGCGAGCGCAGCAGCUGAGUGAGCAGACAGAGGUAGAAACAUUAGGUUAUCUUCUGAGACUACCACACAUCGACCUGUCACUUUUACUUCGUGCAAAGAGUCUAUCCGAAGAGGACCACAGCAGCAGCAGCAGCAGCAGCGCCCUGGUCUGGUCUGGUCUGCUCGAGCAGCCGCCUGCGAAAAACUCCCAAACGCGGUCGUCUCAGCUGGCAUGAGCUAACCUACCAGACAGACAUGGAAACCAAACCGUUCUUGUCAUUGGGGUUCCUGAAGCCCCAGUGCUCGUUGGCUCCCCCCAUGCAGCGAGGUCGCUCGGGUGAGGCAUGUUCCUGUUUCAGCGGCAUGUGUCCCCUCCACCAGCGUCGCCUAUCCUCAGACUCGUCAGGCCAGGUGCCCUCGUCGCCCCUGGGCUCACCCACAUCCCACCGGGGAAUGCACCCAUCUCUGCUCAGCCCGACGUCAAUGGGGCCCUCCGGCUCCCUCCACUCUCCCAUCAGCACACUGAGUUCGCCCAUGAACGGCCUGGCCUCACCCUUCUCCGUCAUCAGCUCUCCCAUGGGCCCCCACUCCAUGAACUCGCCCGGCAUGGGCUAUGGCCCGAGCGUCAGCCCCCAGAUGUUCCAGCUAAAUUCUCCGAUGAACUCGGUCAGCAGUACGGAGGACAUCAAGCCCCCGCUGGGAAUCAACGGUGUGAUGAAGGUGCCCGCCCAGCCCUCAGGCACAGUCCUGUCGCUCACCAAACACAUCUGCGCCAUCUGUGGUGACCGCUCCUCAGGUAAACACUAUGGGGUAUACAGCUGUGAGGGCUGCAAAGGUUUUUUCAAAAGGACGGUGCGCAAAGACCUGACCUACACCUGCCGUGACAACAAGGACUGCGUCAUCGAUAAGCGCCAGAGGAACCGCUGCCAGUACUGCCGCUACCAGAAGUGUUUAGCCAUGGGCAUGAAGAGAGAAGUUUUGUUACAUGCAGCCGUUCAGGAGGAGCGCCAGCGAGCCAAGGACAGAAAUGAGAACGAGGUGGAGUCCACCAGCUGCGCCAACGAGGACAUGCCCGUGGAGAAGAUCCUGGAGGCCGAGCAGGCGGUGGAACCCAAAACUGAGACCUACAUUGAGACCAACCUUGGUGUGCCAUCCAACUCGCCGAACGACCCGGUGACAAAUAUCUGUCAGGCGGCUGACAAACAGCUCUUUACCCUGGUGGAGUGGGCCAAGAGGAUCCCACACUUCUCUGAGCUGCCGCUGGACGACCAGGUCAUCCUUCUACGAGCAGGUUGGAAUGAACUCCUCAUUGCAUCAUUCUCACACCGUUCGAUAGCGAUUAAAGAUGGGAUCCUGUUGGCGACGGGGCUGCACGUCCACCGCAACAGCGCCCAUAGUGCCGGAGUGGGAGCCAUCUUUGACAGAGUGCUCACAGAACUGGUGUCAAAGAUGAGGGACAUGCAGAUGGAUAAGACAGAACUGGGGUGCCUUCGAGCUAUAGUCCUUUUCAACCCAGACUCUAAAGGUCUGUCCAACCCAAGUGAGGUAGAAGCUCUGAGAGAGAAAGUGUAUGCAUCUUUAGAGGCCUACUGCAAACAGAAGUACCCAGACCAGCCUGGCAGAUUUGCUAAACUGUUGCUGCGGUUACCAGCGCUGCGUUCCAUCGGCCUCAAGUGUCUGGAGCACUUGUUCUUCUUCAAGCUCAUUGGCGACACGCCCAUUGACACGUUCCUCAUGGAGAUGUUAGAAGCCCCGCAUCAAAUGACAUAAUAGCAGAGAGGGUUGAGCCCUCCUCACCCCCCCACCCCUCCCCCCUUACAUCUCCCACCAGCUCUGGAUUGGGAGCAGGGUCCUUUUUUUUAAAAUCCCGUCUCCAGCAAAGGGACAGAUCACGUGACGAUUUUGGAUGGAGAACCUCUCCCUUCCUCCCAUCCCUCCCUACCCCCAUCUCCCUUUGAUGUGUUUCAAAACAAUGAAUUCAUCAUGUCUAUGGGUCUGUUUUAUACCCUGUAAAAAUAUAUAAAUAAGAAAUAUAUAUAUAUAUAUGAAAAUCACACGGCAACACGAGUGACAACAGCGGACUGAAUUAGGGUCGGACAGAGGACAAAAGAUUUGAGCCAUCAUUUUCAUCAUUGCUUUUCCUACACCUUGACGAGCAAAAGCAAGAGAUGAUCAGGUUUUAACACCAACAGUUAUGCUUGCAGGUAUUUUGAAAAAAAAAAACGGCGGUGAUGUCAUAUUCGGACACUCAGCGUUGUGAUCGGGACAAUCGUGGACUGGGAGAGCCUCGGGCUGUCUAGACUUGGACCUGAGCCUUCUCUCUCGCUCAGGACUGAAUUUACCUUCGGGGAGGGACGGCAGGGGGACGAUAACGUCUGCUUAAAAGGAACUUGUCUUGUUCUGCCUGACUCGACUGAACACGUCAGGUCUUGCACUAGCUGUUUUUGAAGUGAGAGCUUAUUGGAGUGGGUUAACAAGACUGCAAGAGCUCCAAAACCUCAGGUCUCUGCCCCAGUUCCAACAAAUACAACCAUGUCUUACUCUAUUAGCACUGUGCGAUACCGGGGAGGGCGACGUUUUAGUUCACUAAUCAACACUUCGGGUAAUGUUAAUCGAUUGAACGAGAGUUGGGAGAGCUUGUUAUGUACAAUCUGUGCAGGCCCUCUGCACACCUGAAGAUGCAGGCUGUUGUGAAGUAGCCACACAUUAGCUUUAUGCUACAUGAUGAUCUGAACGGCUACCAGCAGGUGCAGGAACAACUUCUGUCAUCCUCUUUCAAACGUUUGGCCCUUUUUGCAACCUCACAGAUGAUCACAGAAAACUUGGAUGGCUUGAAAGUGAACGCACGGUCUCAUUUGUGGGGAAAUGUUGUUGUUUCGCAGGCCUCUGAGCUCCUUUUUCAUCCCUUUUUCAACCUCUCUGCUUCUCAUUUCAUGUGAAUUUCAGCACACCAUUUACACCUCCACACUCAGAAAUCCCUCCGCCUCCACGCGGCGGGUAUUACAGUAGCUUUUUUCGAAACACCUCAUAUCUCUCUACCUGUACAGAAAGUUACAACCGUAUACAGUAUUGACAUUAUGUUCAGUUUUAACAGCAAUGCACAAUUACCUCUGUUUCCAUCCCUCCGACCUUCAGUUCUUGAUGCUCAUUGAACCAUUUACAGUAUGCGGGAGAAGUGCUCGUCAUCCUUGCAGCAGAGCCAUUGUUUGUUUAUUUGUUUGUUACUUGGCACUUAACCUCAUGACAGCGGAGUCGGGUUCCUUAACAGAGAGCUGAUGUUGAUGUAAUCAACCUCUGAGGUGGAACUUGGCCCAGGCCCAUUCAGGGAAGCCUCAAUUCUUUUCCUCCUCAGAGGGACACACACUUUCGCUCUCUCUGCACUUCUCUGGACAACCAAGUGUCAUUCAUGUUGAACUGAAAUGUUAGCUAUGUCCAUGUUAUGUAUAAAUAUGCUUUAUGCCCAUAUUCUGCUUUCUUUCCGCCUCCUAUCCUUCUCUAAAUGCUGCAGCUGCUGCAAAUCUAUGCAUUGAGUGCAUUUCCAAAGAUUGUCCACAGGGUGGGUGCAUGUUAGUAUGGCUUAUUUCGAUUAUUUUUCUGAACUAUUCAGACAUUUUAUAGUCAUUCCGUACUGGUUUAUUCAGCUAACAGCUCUCACUCAAAAGUGUUUUAUGGAACAGUGGAGCAUAGCAGAGUGCAGGACAUGCUCAAUAAUCGCUAUUGCGGAGUGUGAUAAAAGACAAGGACUUGAAAGCAUAAAUAAAUUAAUCAAGGAUUGUCUCUCUAUAUCUGCUAUCCACCACUAUUCUGUCAACAUCUUGACACUUUUUGGCCCUUGAAACAGAAACAAACUUGAGCACUGUGUUUUCAUCAUCAUGUGAAAAACUUGAUGAUUAAUGGUCUGAGGUGUAUGGAGUCCUGAGUGUGCCACUUCAAUAAUUAUUUCCCAGAGUUUAAUUAAAUUCAUCAAUUCAUAAUUUUAAUUUAAAAAAAAAUCUGCAGUUCAAUUCUAAUUCAAAAGCAAAAUAGAAAAAAAACGUAUUCUGUUUAAUUCAUUUGUUAUUAAUUGGAUUUUAAAAUUCAUUAAAAAAAUCACAAUGAAUUCGUCUCCAGGUUUAACUUUUACAGUUUCCAUUUUGUGAUUGCUUUCAUUUGAAGAAACAGAGACUUAUAUUGUCUACCUGUUGACUUUUGAUCCACCCUCUAUACUAACGUUUUUAAUGUUUUUUGUUGUUUUCAUUUGCCCAUAUGUAUGUGUCCAUUAUUCUGGCACUAUCAGGACUCGAUACAGUGUUGACACCAAUGAUACAAAUGACCAUGUGUCAGUUUUUCAUCAUGAUUUGGUGGCCUCUACCAGGGGGUCAACUUUGUAAAAUUAACAUUUGUUAAUCCACCUCUGUGAAACUGACCUCCAGGUGCCCAGAGAUCUCUCAAUUUAUAAAGAAAAAGCAAAGAGUCAGUUCAGAUGCCAUCUCCUAAAUGUCAAAUGCUGGGCCCCAGCCACAGGCAGGACCACACCAUUUACUUUCAGUCAGAGAGCAGUUUGGAUUUAGACAGUUUGAGGAAAAUGACGGCUAUUUAAGAGCUGUGAGCUCCCUCUUGUGGAAGAGAAGCAGUGCUGCAACGUUACUUGAAUUUUUCUACAAGUAUUUAAUCAGACUAAAAGACGGCACUUUCUCAUCAGUGUUGGUUUGGAUCAGACAACGUCUGUGUUUGUUCAAACCGAAAAAAAGAAGAAGAAGCAAUAACAUCAGUAUGACCUAUUGGCUUGUGAUUUUAUUAUCUCCCAACAGUUUCAGUGAGGUGGCCUAUUUUAUUACAAACUAUCCAGGUGACAGUAUUGACUGCCCAUUUGAGCUCAGUUUACAGUAUUUAUAUUCUGAAAAAUUACUUGUUUGUCUGUUGAAACAAAAACAAAACAAAUCUUUAUUUGUUUAGAUGUAAGCAUUAUGGCAAAGAGAAGCUUUACUCUUUUUCUAAGACUGGGCGAAAUCUGCGGAUUUCUUUUUAGCAAAAUCUUAAUCAAGAAAAAAGAAGGUUAAGAAAUUUAAUUUUUGUUUUCAACUGGGUGACCCAACUUUAAAAUUUUUAUCCUCCUGCUCCCUAAAGUCUGAUGUCUCCUCCUCUUAGUUUACUGUGAUUGGUGACCGCUGGUCUCUUAAAGCCAUAAACUGGAUGAUGUGAGCUCGCACUCCCCCUGCAGGAAAUAGGCAGACAAGGAUCUUCUUGACUAGAUAAAGAAAGGAUCUCCUACAUGGAAUGAUCGCCUACAUGAAUGCUUUAUAACAUAAAGCUCUAUUUUGUUAAUAUGUAUAUGUGUAUAUAUUUAUAAAUAUAUAUCGACAGAUCUGUUCCUUGAGUAUUUCCAGUAUUGAAAGAGGGAGACAAGUCUUUCAGACCAAACUGUUCCGCACUCGACAACUCAGAGUUUAAUGGUGUUUUUUUCACACAUAUCUGAGGGGUUUUUUUGCAUUUCGACCGUGACUUUAUAAAAAUCAAUCCUGAUCAACCAGCAGAAUCGCAGCAGCUCUAAAAAAAACCAGCUUCUCAGCAGUUUAUGGGACUUCAAAAAAACCACGAAAGAGAAAUAAAAUAACAAAAAGGUUAAGACUUUAAACCCUCCAAAAUGUAUGUUGCUUGGCAAUUGUAUGUUCAAAACAGUGUAAUCAGGAAAAGCUGAGCUUGUGACACAAUCACUGCUUUCUUUGUUGCGUAGACGGUAAAAUGUUCAAGUAAGAAAAAAAGAAAAGAAAAAAAACACUUGGAAAAAGAUCUAUUUUUGUACAAAGGUAAUUUUAUCCCUUGCUUGUGUACUCUGUUCUUUCCCUUUCUUCUGCGGGCUGUUGUAUACGUUGUGGAAAAGCUUAUUCAACGGGCAAUUUUCAGAUCGAAAAUGUUAAGCUGCGAGGAAUUGUUGGCUUUGGCACCUCAGUAACUGUGUCGCCUUUACUUUGCCAUUUUUCAACCUGUCGCUGCAAGAUGGGAAUGUCUUCUUUCAUUAUAUUUUUGUCGAUUUUUAAGGAGAUGGAAUUUUGUCAUCUGUUCUUUGUGGGUUGUUCUCUGAUGUUCUAUCUUUCAUGGACAGAAAAAAAGGUUAUUAAAAAAACUCAAAGUGAGCUUGACUGAUGGUGAUGAUUCUGUGUAAUAUUCAAAGUGCAUGUUAAAGAGAGUUCGGGU